AUGUUACUCGUCAACGUCAUCUCAAGUCCUGGCAAGGCAGGCUUCCCUUUGCUUGGCAUGCCCCUUAAAAGGACACUCAUUUCAGGACAUGAGACAAGGAAGUGUCCGCCCAAAGACAUGAUACAUGUGUCGUCGAGAUGCCGCGUCUAUUCAUUAGAAGCCACACCACCACGACGCGCAACCAGUACCAGACCUGAGCCGGAGCAUACGACUGUCUUGAAUGAACCACCGAAGAAGCCUGCCACCAAAGGUCAGGCGACAAAGAAGCAUACCACCAGCAGAAAUCAGCUUGUGAGGAAGCCUCUCGCACGCAAAACCCAGCCUGGGACUGAGCAACUCACUGCGGCAAGCCGUCCAGCGAGAAAGCCUUCUGAUGUCAAGAGCCCGUCCCCGAAGAACCAUACCACUAGCAAAAGCCAGCCAAACGAAAAGGCCGCUACUUCAAAAGACAAGGGCCCAAAGAAGGACACCACUCGCGAAAGCCAGCCAAACGAAGAGGCCGCUACUUCAAAAGGCAAGGGCCCAAAGAACGAUAACACUGGCGAAGAGCAGCCAGCAGCGAAGCAAUAUCCUGCUAAGACCCAGUCAACGACCAAGCAACGCCCUGAUCAGAACCAGCCAUGA